GGACAAGAAAGGAGGAGGGUGGCCGGAGGCCUACGGCAGAGCGCCGGAAGUACUGCUCUUGGAAGGGUCCGACUCAGGCCGAACCGUGUCGGGCUUUUAGGAGUCGGGCAGGAACCGGAGACGUUGAAGACCUGAGUCCUAGCAAACUCCGCCGUCUAGCGCACCGGCAGGUUCAUUUUCUGUGCUUUCAUCGGCUCAGCCGCGAAGUGAGUCGUGGACCAGCCACUCCCUGCGUCCAGCCUCGAGAACGAACGGGAUCGUCCCAGCGGCGCCGUUGGGAGAAGAGGGCCAGCAGGAAAUAGUCAAACUAAGAUUUCAAUCCACGCAAUUAGAUUUUAGAGCCACGUUCUUAACCAGGACACAGCCACUCCUCAGUAAAAGGUCCCAGCCCAUCUUCAAAACAGUCCUGGGUUCUGAUCCUGCCAUCCGAGGAACUCAGGAGAGGGGGACAGCCGCUGCCUCUCACCACCCUGGCACAGGACCGGCAUGUCUCAGGCCACCAAGAGGAAGCAUGUGGUGAAGGAGGUGCUGGGGGAGCAUAUGGUGCCCUCUGACCACCAGCAGAUCGUGAAGGUACUCAGGACCCCAGGGAACAAUCUGCAUGAAGUGGAGACAGCCCAGGGGCAGCGCUUCCUGGUAAGCAUGCCCUCCAAAUACCGCAAGAACAUCUGGAUCAAGAGAGGGGACUUUCUCAUCGUUGACCCUAUUGAAGAGGGAGAAAAGGUGAAGGCUGAGAUCUCCUUCGUGCUCUGCAAAGACCAUGUGCGCUCUCUGCAGAAGGAUGGGCUCUGGCCUGAGGCCUUUGAGGUGGCUGAGAAACACAAUAACAACAGGAACAGAUCUUGCUUUCCCAGAAGGCACUGGGCUAACUCUGUCCUUUUCCCCCAUGAAGACCAACUCAGCCAGAACUCCCAGCUGAGCCGCAGUCAUCGGGAGAAGAGUCCAGCUCCGAAGAUGACUCUGACCUCUUUGUUAACACCAAUCGUAGACAGUAUCACGAGAGCGAGGAGGAGAGCGAGGAGGAGGAGACAGCCUGAGGCUGCAGGGCCCACUUUUCCCCCUCUGACCUUGGACACCUCCAGGGUGCUCUGCAGAUCUUCCCCCCAGUGGGGACAAGGCAGGAUCCUCUCUGAACUGACCUUCUGACCCAGGAGAAUUAAACCCCUGGUGGGUGGUGACUUGUGCUAGUGUCCGAGUGGCUCUCUGGAGGGAGAAGGGACCUGUGGUACAGUUAAAAACUGCUCCUUGGUAGGUCUCAUGGGCAGGAAAUAGGGAAUGGCUGGACAUUUUGAAUGAAUUUAAAUUGAGGGAGCUAAGGUUUCCUAGGCUCUCCCUCUCUCUCCUCUCUCCUCUCUCUCUCUCUCCGUCUCUCUCAUUGGGCACUUAGUCAGUGGCGGGCCCUGUGCUGUCUCUCCUUGCAUGUACUUGAUAAGUGGGAACAGUCCCACUUUAUUGCCUGCUCGCAGCCAAUCCUGAUUCAGGCUUUCAGGAUCACAGCCAUAGGACUAGUCCCCCGUUGCCUCUAAGAAACACUCAGGAUGAAUUUCAUAUACCUCGUGAGCUGAUUUCCCUGCAUUUCUAGUCACCAUGCCUGCAGGAGUGCCCACCUCCCUGCUGCUGUGUGCAUCCCCUGGUUGCUGGACCCUUGUGGCAACUUAGACCAUCAUUCCUCAGCCCUCUUGUAAAACACAUCAUCCCACUUAUCUCUCUCUCUUUUUUUUUAACCUCUGGCUAUACGUUACUCCUCAUUGCUGGCGUUGACCUUGUAGUCUCUCCUCAGACUAGAAGAGUUUAUCUCUUGGCUUAGAGUCUUUUACCUCUGCUUAGUCAUUUUCUACAUCCCAUGGAUGGGCCUGUUCAGCACUGUGGCUCUUUAGUUCCUUGAUAAUCCCCAUUACUAAUGCGGGUCUUCUAUUCCAGGCCUGCUGCCUACAUCUCUACUCCCUGGACCCCUGAUAUCAGUAGAAAUUGUAGUACCUUUAGAAGUCAAAUACCUGUACAAUCACCGCCUUCUGGCUUACUUAUUUACUUGCUCAACUACCCCUUCUGCAGAAAUUCUUUAUUUUUAUCCUCCAGCUCCACCACAUUCCCACCAUUCUAUCUCUGCUUUCCUCCUUCUGCAACUUGGAUUCCAUGGCCCACACCCUUCACUCCCUUGUCUUCCUUCAUUGUAUUCAGCUACUAAAACCUAACCCCAGCCAAUCCAAUCAUUCACCUCUGUGCCUGUAACUAUUAGAGAAAACCACCAACUGGGCUCACUUGUUUUACCUUAAAUUUAUAAUUGUAAACCUCAAACAAACCCUCAGCACUGCCUAGCAGAUCAACUCUGGGGUGCAUUUUGAAACUUCUUAUCUUGUCUACCUAUUCCCUCUUCCCCUGCUAGUUACCACAGCUUAUACUUCAUUAAGAAAGAGUGGGCCACCCUGACUGGUGUGGCUCAGGUGGUUGGCGUGCCGUACACCAAAGGUGGUGGAUUGAAUUCUUGGUCAGGAUACAUACCCAUGGGGCAGGUUUGAUCCCCAGUCGGGGAUUGAGGGAGCUAAGGUUUCCUCCCUCAAUCCCAACUGAUCCAUGUUUCUCACAUGGAUGUUUCUUUCUCCCCUCUCUCUAAAAAUCAAUAAAACUAUAUGUAUCUCUACAUAUAAAAGACUAAGCGACCAUUCAACCAGCCAUUAGGUAUGACAUGCACUGACCAUCAGGGGGCAGACGCUCAACAUAGGAACUGCCAGCUGUGGUGAUUUGGCAGCAGCGGUUCUUGGGUGAAGUACCCGAGAAAUACGUUAAUAGCAAUAUUAACAUAUUUCUUCUAAUUAAUUUCCUUUCAAUGUGCACAGAUCUGUGCACCGGGCCACUAAUACACACACACACACACAUUUAUUAUUUAUUUUUCUAAAGAAAAUAAGAAAUAGUAGGCCCUUGGUGAGAAUUCACACCUCCCCUUUACCAACCCUACAUUGUCUUCAUGGAUCUUCCUGUCUUUUUUCCUUUCCAUUGUAAUCCAAUGGGACUUCAACCUUUCCACAUGUAUCUGCUCCUCUCCUCACUUUCUAUUAUGUUGCUUAGUCUAGCUUUAAAUAUAUACACAUAUAUAUGUAUUUGUGUGUAUGUGUACAUACAGAUGUUUAAAAUAUAUAUAGAGAGAGAGCCCUAGAUGGUUUGGCUCAGUGGAUAGAGCAUCAGUCUAUAGGCUGAAGGGCCCAAGGUUCGAUUCAAGUCAAGGGCACAUGACUGAGUUGUGGGCUCGAUCCCCAGUGUGGGGCAUGCAGGAGGCAGCCAAUCAAUGAUUCUCAUCAUUGAUGUUUCUAUCUCUCCCUCUCCCUUCUCAGAAAUCAAUAAAAAUACGUUUUAAAAAAGAAUGAAAAAAUGUAUAUAUACACACAAAGAGUAAACAUCAGAUGAGGUAGAGAUGUGUAUUAAUUCGUUUGAAGUUUAUUUUUUAUGGGAGAUAGCUAACUUUUUCCCCUAAAGUUGUGGCCACUUGUCCCUCUAUCAUGUAUUGAAUGGUUCAUUCUUUCCUCAUUGCUUUAGGAUACCUUUUAAAAUAAACUCUAUUCCUGCAUAUA